AUGAACAGGAUUCGAGGCGUCUUCAUUGUCAUAUGUGGCAUGUCACACUUGACAGGGGCAUUAUGUGACAGACCUAGCGAGCCACAAGUAAGACAGAGCUGUUUAUCGCUGGCGCAAGUAUCCAAGGACCUGUGGGACAAUGACGUCAACAGAAUUGCAACAGGGGACAUCACGCUGAACUAUCAAGGACAAGUAUCAACUAGCAACAGAACUGAUCAAUCAAGCCACAAGCUAUUCAGCCACGUGAACGAAAACAAACUCUCUGGUCCUACCUACCAAACAUUCCUGUCCCUACUGGACAACUAUGUCCCAGAUAAAGGAGUUAAGGAAUCGCUGACCUCGUCUGAAAGCAGUGAAAACACGGCCUUCUUGAAUGCAAUCCUAAAUACGAGAGUGAUGAACGUGUUGCUAAACUAUCUGCAGUGUAGAGGCUUUGUCAACAACCAAGCAGAUCUACGAUCAGUUCUGACCAAACUAUGGCUUGACUUCUACCCCCGUAGCGGGACCAGUACCGUAAACGAUACCUCUGGAUUUGAACACGUUUUGGCGGGUGAAUACAAAUCUUCCACUGAAGUCAACGGCUUCCACAGCUGGCUCUCGUUUUACCAGAAGGAGAAGGCAGGACAACUCAACUACUAUGGUUAUGUUUCCAAAGGAGAG